GCCAUAUUCGUACCGUAUUCGGAAGAGCAACAUGAAGGCAAUCGUGGUGUUGGCAUUGUUCGCGGCGGGCGUAGCGGCCCUGACCGAGGAGGAGGUGUGGCUGCAGUACAACCGUCGCAUGCCGGGCGAGUACUACACCAAGGGACUGGUUGAGCAGCCCCCGUUCCAGGGCCGCAUCUACGGAGGGGUCGAAGCCGACAUCGCCAACUAUCCGUACCAGCUGUCGCUGCGCCGUGGCACGCACAGCUGCGGAGCGUCGGUGAUUUCUGCCAACUGGGCCCUGUCUGCUGCUCACUGCACGUUCCCGGUGCCGGCACCGGGUGUCAUCACGCUGCAGGGCGGUAGCUCCAACCGCACGUCCGGUGGCGUUGUGUUCGACGUCGAGCAGAUCAUUAACCACCCGGAGUACGACGACUGGAACCUGCGAAACGACGUGUGCGUGCUCCGUACCACCACUACGCUGAGCGGAGAGAACAUUGCCAUCAUCGCCUUGGAUCCGGUCGGUGCCACCCACGCUGCCGGUUCCCGUGCUGUUCUGAGCGGAUGGGGUCUGAUUGAGGAUAGAACUCUUCCACAUAUUUUGCGUCGCGUCGAUAUUCCAGUGGUUGACCAGGCUGCUUGUGAAUCGUCGUGGGGAUCUGGCUGGGUUACUCCUGACAUGAUCUGCGCUAGCGAACCUGGACGUGAUGCCUGCAACGGUGAUAGCGGCGGUCCGCUGGUGGUUGGCGGCCGGCAAAUCGGCAUUGUAUCCUGGGGCGAUACCCAGUGCGUCGGAACCAGCCCGGGUGUGUUUGCUCGCGUUGCCUUCCCGUUGAUCCGCAACUGGAUCGCCCAGACUACCGGUGUCUAAGCGAAUGGGAGUUGGAAUGUGGGAUGUGAAUUGGGAAUAAAGUUGGAGCUUACUGUA